UUUAUUGAAAUUAUUACAAAUCAUUGUAUUAAAAUUGAAUAUCUUACCCUUUGGAUUAAUGAUAAAUUAUUUAAUAAUUUGGAAAUUUUAUUAAUUACUUGUAAAAAUUUAAACCAUAUUACUAUUAAUAAGGCAAUAGAUUUAGAUUGGGAAUUAAUUGAUGAUGAUUUUAAUAAUUUAAAUGAUGAUGAUGAUAUUGAUAGUAGUGCUAGUAUUGAAAGUAAUUCAAGUAACUUAAGUGAAAAUGGUAGAUGUAAUAUGGGAAAAAAUGAUAAUUCUUGGUUGGAUUUUUUAACAAAAAGUGUUGGUAUUGGUGUUCAAUCAAAUGAAUUUAAAUUUUUAAAUAUUUUGGCUACUCAUUCUUCUAUUAAUUUGUCUGAAUUAAUCAUUCGUGGUGAUUGGAAUUUUACUAGAAAAGAUUUGGUGAAAUUUUUUGAAAUUUGGAAAGAAAAAAAUUCUUCUAUUCCAUUAAAAUUACAAAUAGUUAAUAAUAAAACUUCUAUAGAAACUAUUAAUGAUGUUUGUAGAAAAUAUGCUGAUGAAGGUAUUUUAAAGGAUUGGUUAGCAUAUAAAUACAAUCGUAUUUAA